UCUUAUUUCUAAUUUGAGGCAGGGACCAAGUUAACCAUUAAAAAGUCUGCGUAGAGUAGAGUAGAGCGGGAAGCUGGCAUUGGAUGUUUUGGUGUGAGCAAAGCAGUUAGUUUCAGCAUGUCGAGUAGCUUAUUUGUUUAAACCUAAGCCCUGACUUAACAGGUACCCAGGACAUCUGUUUCAGAUGAUCAGUACACUCUCUUCUCUCCCCAUUAAGGUAUUAAAUUAGCGAUUCAAGCAAUGGCGUGACUCCCAAAUCCUCCCAGAAGAUAAAUUUGGUGGUGGUGUUUUCCUGUCACAAAUGAUUAUAUGGUGUUAACCCUUUCUUUUGUUCUUCAAAAGCAGCUUUAUUGCAAGAUGGGUAAAACAGUUACAUGACUUGAGCCUGUGUUGCAGGAUGUCUGUCUGCACAGCAGUUCAUAUGAAGUAUCAUGAAAGCAGUAGGAUUUUUAUUGUGCUUUUUACUUUGUUUUUGUGUUUUUGUUGAUCAGGAUUUCACUCGGUGCUAGUAGAUGAUAGUUCUUUGUUCAGUUAGAAGUAACAAGGGGAACGCUAUUCAUUGGUGGCACUUAUUUUUCAUCUGAAGUAGUGUGUACUUGUUCUGGAAGUGCUGUCGCAUACCAAAAGUUUGCGGUGUCCUGUCAAAUAUGGAAAUGUGAGUUUUUUACACGAAAAGAUCCGUGUACUAAUUGUGUGUGUUUGCUUCUUUUUCAGAUUGAAGUGAGUGAUUCAGAUAUAACUCAACUUUGUUAGAGGGCUUUUUUUUAAAAAGUUGAUCCACAGUGCAUCAGAGCAAGUUACUACUUACUGUUGAGUGACUUACAGGUGCUUGCCUGCAUUGCAAUAAAGGACUCAUAUAUUGAGCAAGACUUAUUUAUCUCUUCAUUUUGGAGAGUCUUAUAAACUGUUAUUACAGUUUCUGUACUGACUUUCAAAGUUUUGAAGUCUAAAAAGACAUCUUUAAAAACAAACAUGAGCACGGCGAGAACAGAGAACCCUGUUAUAAUGGGUCUAUCCAGUCAGAAUGGGCAGCUGAGAGGCCCUGUAAAACCCAGUGGGGGCCCAGGAGGUGGGGGCACGCAAACUCAGCAACAGAUGAACCAGCUGAAAAAUGCCAACACAAUCAAUAAUGGCACUCAACAGCAAGCACAGAGUAUGACCACCACUAUUAAACCUGGUGAUGACUGGAAGAAGACUUUAAAACUCCCUCCAAAGGAUCUGAGAAUCAAAACUUCGGACGUGACCUCCACAAAAGGAAAUGAGUUUGAAGAUUACUGUUUGAAACGGGAGUUACUUAUGGGAAUUUUUGAAAUGGGCUGGGAAAAACCAUCGCCUAUCCAGGAAGAGAGUAUUCCCAUUGCUUUGUCUGGUAGGGAUAUCUUGGCUAGAGCGAAAAAUGGAACAGGCAAGAGCGGAGCCUACCUCAUUCCCUUACUUGAACGGCUAGACUUAAAGAAGGAUAAUAUACAAGCAAUGGUGAUUGUUCCCACCCGAGAACUAGCCCUGCAGGUCAGUCAAAUAUGUAUCCAGGUCAGCAAACACAUGGGAGGUGCUAAAGUGAUGGCAACAACAGGAGGAACCAAUUUGCGUGAUGACAUAAUGAGGCUUGAUGAUACAGUGCAUGUGGUGAUAGCUACUCCUGGGAGAAUUUUGGAUCUCAUCAAGAAAGGUGUAGCAAAAGUUGAACAUGUCCAGAUGAUAGUACUGGAUGAGGCAGAUAAGUUGCUGUCUCAAGAUUUUGUUCAAAUAAUGGAAGACAUUAUUCUCACGCUACCUAAAAACAGGCAGAUUUUGCUCUACUCAGCCACUUUCCCUCUUAGUGUACAGAAGUUCAUGAAUUCCCAUUUGCAGAAACCCUAUGAGAUUAACCUGAUGGAGGAGUUGACUCUGAAGGGAGUUACCCAGUACUAUGCCUACGUAACUGAGCGCCAGAAAGUACACUGCCUCAAUACAUUAUUUUCCAGGCUCCAGAUUAACCAGUCGAUCAUUUUCUGCAACUCUUCUCAACGGGUUGAACUGCUAGCCAAAAAGAUCUCCCAGCUGGGUUAUUCCUGCUUUUAUAUCCAUGCAAAAAUGAGGCAGGAGCAUCGUAAUCGUGUGUUCCACGAUUUCCGAAAUGGCUUAUGCCGCAAUCUUGUUUGCACUGAUCUGUUUACCCGAGGUAUUGAUAUCCAAGCUGUGAAUGUGGUGAUAAACUUUGAUUUUCCAAAGCUGGCAGAGACUUAUCUCCAUCGUAUUGGCAGAUCAGGUCGCUUUGGUCACCUUGGCCUGGCCAUCAAUUUGAUCACCUAUGAUGAUCGCUUCAACCUGAAAAGUAUUGAGGAGCAAUUGGGGACUGAAAUCAAGCCCAUCCCAAGCAACAUUGACAAGAGCCUGUAUGUGGCAGAGUACCACAGUGAACCUGUAGAAGAUGAGAAACCUUAACCACGCUUUGAUUACAAAUGCCAGAAGCUGAAGCCCUUUGAUCCGGAUCUGUGACACAUCAUUUCUUUGGGGAUAUUCUUCUCUUCGUGGGUUUUUCUUCACCUUUUCUUUUUUGGGACUAAGAAGACUAAAGAGCUCAGCCUUUUUUUUUUCAUUUUUUUAAAAAAAUUUGGCAGCAAGGAAAAAAGACAAAAGAAGGAAUAUCUUUUUUUUGGUUUUUUUUCCCACUUGUUUGCACUGUGUGCUGAUUGAACAUUCGUUGCACUAACUGCUGGUUUUAAUUUUUUUUUCCUUUGGGUGGGAGGGACAGCAAAGGAAGAAGAGAAACCCUGAAAAGAGAAGAAUCUUGACGAAUACAAGCUUGUCUACGAUUUUCAAAUUCUCCCAACAGCUGACUGAGUGCAUUUCAACUUCUCCCUGGUUACUCAUCUGUUUUUAAGCUAAAGAGCUUGUUACUUAUUCGUGCAAAGUGCCUUAUGCUAUGAGACCAUUCAGAAUAUCACCUUUCCGAUGCAGCCCAAGGAAUCGACAGCUAUUUUUUGUUUCAGGUCAAAGUCCCCAACCCUUCCCCUUCCUUUUCCCCACAGUACUAAAGGCAGGACUAGGAGGUGAAAGUUAUCAGUAAUGUUUUUGUUUAACACUUUUUUUUUUUUUAAUUGGAGGAGUUGAUAUGCAACUGCAGUUCACCCAUACUGUAAAUACAUGUAUUUAAAACAAAAAAAAAAAACAACUGAAAAUCUGGGCUGAUUAGGUGCAACAUCAUAGCUCCAGAAGGAAAGAGCAGCCUGUCAUCUUUGCAGGAGCCAUAUGAAAAGCCCUUAUGCUCUAGCAGAACACUAAAGACUGGUUUCUAAGUCUUCAUUAGUAGUUACAGCACUUGAUAUGUAGACUUGUUUCAGAGCCAUGGCCCUCUUUCCUCUGGUGCAAUGUGUCCCAUAGAAAAUCGGAUGUGUAUACUUGUACAAACUUUGUAAAUACGUUGUUUUUUUCUGUCUUGGGUUCAUAUAUAACUUUUUUUUCUUUUUUGAUGAAGGUUGCUGGGGUUAAAGGAAUUAGAUUGAUUAUGGAAGCAGCUAAAAAUGAGAGGGGCUCAGUUUUCUGCAACACUAAACAUUGAAAAGUGCUCUGACUCCGAAGGGCAGACCUCUACAAGUUACCCCUGUCAGGGUGGGUUUGCUCUGGUGCUUGCAACACUGUCCUAUACUGCUUUCUUGGAAGAGAUUACUUCUGGGGUUGAAAGGCCUCAAAGUCUGUAGCUCAACCUGUUUGAGAUGCUCUUCAAUUUCCCCCUUAGAAACUUCAGGAACUUUACCAAGCUCUGAAGGGGGCAAAGACCUGUGUUCCACCAUGGCACGAGGGAAAUCCUGCAGGUAUCAGUGUUGUUGAGCAAUACGUAUAAGGCAUGGAUUUAGGUUUAAAAGAAACUAUAAAAAAAUACUUGCAUAAACUGACAGUUCUGGAGCUCUGUGGGAUUGAUUCACCUCCUACAGCAUUGUGCAUACUCUGCCCAAAACAACCUUACAUAGACUCUCGAGCAGGUAAGGGCAAAACCCCUUCUAACUUGUGAACGUCGAAGCUGCAGAAAGCUGCUUGACACUUCCUAUGUUUUGGCACGAAUUGCUGUCUGUCAUUUUGCAUUGUAUAUUGCUGGAAAAUGCUUUAUGGUUAAGUAGUGUUGCUUUAAAUUGUGCCCCUCCCAACAUGCUUGAUGUUUGGCCUGAUCUACAGGCAAAAGGAGUGAGACAAAUCAAAACCAGUAAACUUUUUUUUUUUUUUAUUCCCUUUUAUCUUGUUCAACAACAGUUUUGCUAGGAGGCACCUGGAAGAAGGUGGUCCCUUUUUGCUCAGUCACACAUUGUGUAUACAAAUGCUGCACUUGCACCAUGCUUGCUUACCUGGAUAAUUAAUCAACUUAAUUUCUCCCCAGUUUGACUUUUUAUAAAAAAGUGAAAUUGUUUGGAAAAAUAUGGCAGAUUUUUGAGUAUCAGAAAUAGACACAGGUGCCUCCUGGCAACAGCUUUCUCAAGGUGGAAAGACUUUUUUUUUUUUUUUGGUUUGGUUUUUUUUUUUUGUUCUGUUAAUUUUUUGUCUACAGUGACUCCAUAAUAGUAGCAAAAGCUGCACUAAAGUACAAACUCAAGAGCUUGGUCACAGGCACUCUGUGAUCCACAUAACUGCAUCCAACUGGCAGGUACUAAAUGUAAACAAGUAAUUUUGGGGUGCUUUUUGGGGGCGGGGGGAGGGAAUUUGUGGGUGGUAAUGUUGACCAAAAGUAAAAUCUUGCUCUUGUACUGCAGCCAGUUUUUUUUUUUCUUUUCAAUGAGACAGAGGGAUCAUUUUAGUGCAACAAAGAUGAAAAUGUGUAAAUAAGUUUUGUAUCCUGUGACAGGGCAUGCACAUAUAACAAGAAAAAGGAUAGCCAUGCUGAGUCAAAUGUGUGCUCUGCUUGGAUUUGCGGCAGAUCAGCCUGGUGCCAUGCUUUGGUCCCUCUUGAAGCACAGAAAUUUUUAAAAUGGAAAGUAUUACUUUAAACUUUGGCCUCUGAUUGAGGAUUGGCACUUAGCUAGACUGUUGGGGGCACCAUUCUAAAGCGGCUUCUUCUCAAGGAAAGAAGCGAUCUGAUUCUGGUGCCAGUAGGCUAUCUCUAGAUGUAUACGAUCUUGCAAAAGGAAAGAUGCUCCAACUGACUAGGUUAAAUCCUAGUUGUUUUUUUUUUCUCCCCCCUUAAGUAAUAUAUAAAAUUAGACUUCCUUGGAUUUCUUCUGGCUUACUGUAACAGAUUACAUGACAGACUUCAUGUUUAUCCAUUGAAUUGGAAUGAGUCUCUGCUUUUGGUAAUAAGCCCAACAUAACAUUUGCUCUGGCAGUGGUGAUGUUCUUAAUGGGCUGUUGAGCAUUUUUUCAUACAUUAAAAAAAAAAAAAAAAAAUCCUUCUAGGAGCCUAAAAGGCUAAUGUCACCCUGCAAAACUGAUACAUUUAUCUUCCAGUAGACAUGGAGACAUGCAAUUCUUAAGCCUUUUGAAAUAUGACUAAAAAAUCUAGAUGGGUUUCUCAACAUACGUUGUCCAGAUGCACAGCGGUAGCUGGAGGGUUUUCCCCAAGGGGAGUGGGGUGGGUUGGUCUCAAAUAUUUUAAUUUUCAGAAUGAGAUGGGAGCAUCUUUCCUUCACCGUUUGCUUUGUGUCUAUGUGGGUAAGAACUUGAAAGCUUGACACAGAAAUUGCAAACAUGUUUGUUUCAAACCAUCUCAUUCUGUUUAACUUUGUUCUUUGUUUUAGUGUGGGGAGGGGGAGGGUGUCUGCACCAAGGAUUUAGAAAUGCUUCAGUUGCUUAUAUUCCAUCAUUGAUUGACACAGUGCAGGGAUGAAGAGACCAUCAAUUUGCCUGUAUUUUUGAAGUACGCAGACUUUUUUUGCCAGGAGUCCAGUUCCAUUGGAAUGAUCUUUUGUUGGCCGUGGACUUGCUAAUACUGCUCGUGCCAAGGAGCUUAUUGAUUCAUGGGAACAGAGUGAACUGUGUCCUUGAAUAGCGUUGCUGCCACUAACAAUUUGGCUACAUGUGGUCCAAACCAAGAGUGUUUGUAUUGCCAUGACCCUUUUACUCCAACUGUAAACCAAAAUUUAACUGCACAAUUAAUGUGUGGUCUCUCAAGUGAAGAGUGCAUGUCAGACAGCUGAGGAAAGAGAGGUGGCGGGAGUUUGCCUUGAGCUUUGCUCCCUCCACUUCUUUCUUUUGUUUUUAGCCUGGAGUAUUUUCCUACUGGAAGCAUUGUUAAAUUCUAGUGUAGACAAAAGUGAGGGAGGGCUGGGUUGUGGGGUGGUGGGGAGGGAUAGGUUUAUUAAGAUACAGGCUUCCUGUAUUUUAACCAAUAAUUGUUGGGAAAGGGUGUUUGGAGAAAUAUAGGCAAUAUUCCCUUUAUUGAAAGAAACAGGAACUUUUUCAAGCAAAAACAAAACAAAACACGUUUUUUGUUUUGUAAUUCAAAUGAGGCUUUAUAAACCAUUAGUCCCUAGUUAAAGGGGCUAUAUUCCACUGAUAACAAGUGAACAUGGACUAGAAUUUGGAAACAUUCAGGGGAGGGAGGGGGAAAAAUUGGCUUUCUGUUUAAUUGGCAAUUGGCAAACUGUCCAGUGCAGCUCAGUUUUUGUUGAGAAAGUUUAUCUCUGUAUGUACUUAUAUGUGAUGGAAGGCUGUGACUAUGUGAGAGUUUUCACUGAGUUCAUAAGAGUAUAAGAAAGGUGAAUGGUAAAAUCCUGAUUUUGUUAAUAAAGCUCACUGGAACACCA